GUACUCUGAGCUGCAUCGCUGAUGACAAGGAGGAGCUUCCAAAUUGCCGUCUACUGGCGCACCACUAGUUGGCACAUGUAGCCGCCCGGACUUGCUUGCUUUGACAUAGUAGCCGCGGCGGCCGGCCGGACAGAGAUGUAGUAUGUAUAUACACACACACACACACACACCCAGUGAUCGAUCUCUGCGACCAUUAAUCGUAGCAGCAGCAGCACAGGAUAGGACGGAGAAGAUGGCUGACUGGGGCCCGGUGCUGAUCGCGGUGCUCUUCUUCGUGCUGCUCACGCCGGGGCUGCUGUUCCAGAUCCCCGGCAGCAACAGGGGCAUCCCGGAGUUCCACAGCAUGCGCACCAGCGGCAUGGCCAUCUUCGUCCACACCCUCCUCUUCUUCGGCUUCUGCACCAUCUUCAUGGUCGCCGUCGGGGUCCACCUCUACGCCGACUAAGCCAUCCUGCCAGCUAGUACCUAGGGUCCAGACGUCCAGCAAGUCCAAGCCCAAGGGACGACGAGCCAUCAGUACGUCCUUCACCUCGCCGGCCGCCUGCUGUACCGUUGCUUCUCGGUUAGUCGACUGCAGGGCAACAUUUUUUUCAGGCCGAGUUCUAAGGCUUCUAGCAACACUACUAUGAGUGAACUGAUACUAGAAAACAUUUUUUUUCUAGAGUAAGUAAGCGUGGUCAAUGCCAAUUUUCGUCCCUGCUGUGUGUCUCUCUCCAAGUUUUUCUUUUCUUCGCAUCUCCUAUUCUUCGCUCUUCUGAACUCUGCCCAAGUGAUCCAAA